GUUACAUUCCAAAAUUGAGUUUGAGAUAUCAAACUACUCCAAAAGUUCAAAAGAAGAUGGAGAAGGUAAUGAGGUUGGCCUCAGAGAAGGGAGUUGUGAUAUUCAGUAAGAGUUCAUGUUGCAUGUGCUACACCGUCAAGACUCUUUUCCAUGAACUUUGUGUGAACCCCAUGGUUCACGAGCUCGACCAUGACCCUGAAGGAAAAGAAAUGGAGAGGGCACUCGUGAGGAUGGGUUGCAGCACACCUGUGCCCGCGAUCUUCAUCGGUGGCAAGUUGAUGGGAUCGACGAACGAAAUUAUGUCCCUCCACCUUAACGGUACUCUUGCUCGGUUGAUCAGACCUUAUCAAGUUAUGUCUUAA